UCACGUCUUUGUAGCUGAUCCGAACGCGAACCCGAAGGAAAGUACCCGAAACUCACAGCAAGGACAAGCAGCCGCGGAGUCUCCCCAUCGCUCUAUCGUCCAGCAUGAAGGCCAUCAGUCCCGUCCGCUCGGUGAGGAGCUGCUACAAGGCCGUGUGCUGCAUCUCGGAGCAGAGCCUGGCCAUCGGCCGGAAUAAACACCCGUACGUGGAUGAGUCUGUGAGCGCGCUGUGCGACAUGAACGACUGCUACUCCAAGCUGAAGGAGCUGGUGUGCAUCCCGCAGAACAAGUCGGUGAGCCAGGUGGAGAUCCUCCAGCACGUCAUCGACUACAUCUUCGACCUGCAGAUCGCGCUGGAGGCGGAGGACGCGUCUGCGCCGGAGAUGGUUUUAUCCAUAAAGGCUGCAGAUAUUACUCGCAAUUUCUCCAAAGAAGAAGAACGAUUGUGCCAUUAGGAUGUGGAUGGAACAAUACUGGUGCAGGGAAACACAUGUCUCCACUUCACUCCGGGCAAGAGGACAAGAGGGGCAGAAAAAAAAGAAAGAAAAAGGAAAGGGGGGGGUAGGUAUUUGGAAGAGAGGGAGAAGACAGAAGAGGAGGCGGAGGAUUUAAAGACAGAGGAAAGAAAGAAGAAAACAUUGAACUGUUUCUGGGAUGAGUGGGGAUCAACAGCAGCAGUGCAUGAGCGAGAAAACAGAGACUCAUUCUUUGGCUCCUGGACAGACAGAAUCAACACACCAAAGCAGAGGAAUUGGAAACUGAAAGCGAUGUGUAUGUCUUCCCUUCAUAAAUGCAGUUUCUUUUAGAAGAACUGAAAAAUUUAUCCUCUUUUUUUUGUUUUACAUUUUUAAUGCAUUCCAAGCAUCACUUCCCAUCUGAAAUAAUCUGCACCAAGUCCUCACCUCAUUUAAGAACCCCCUCCCUCAACUUCCAAAACAGAUUGUCUGUUAAAGCAUGUGUACAUAUCUGCUGUGGGUUUGUAAGACGUGAGUCAUUUUGGAUGUUUUUUUUGUUUGUUGUUGUUUUAUUUUUUAACGGGACUUUUAGCUGAUAUAUUCUAAACUCUAUACUAGAGUUUAUUAUAAACGUUUGUAGGGAUUGUCUUAUUUCUACAGACAACAUGCUGUGAGUUUCAUAAACUCUUUAUUUUAAAAUUUAAUUUGUAUCUAUGUUAUGAAAUAAAAAAAAACAUGAUGUGAAACACUUUGUGUGGUGAAUUUACCAUUUAAAAAAUGAA